AUGUCCUGCUACGAUGCUCCGUUAUCCCUGGAGAUACGCCUAUUCCCAACUGGUGACCUCGCCGUCAGCAACACGAUUCUGUUCAAUGCGAACGUGGGACUCGGAUUCUACGUGUAUUUCAGAAGACAUCUUCAUCGUGUCAAUCCGUGGGAACGUGUCGAGUUUAGCGUUCUCUGCUCGACACUCUUCAAUUUCGGAUCCCUGCUCGCCGCCGUUCUCAUCAAAGCUCUUUUCCCCGCGAGAUCUCCGACUUGGCUGAAAUCUCUCACGGCUACAGUACUCUCUGGUUAUCUGUUGUCACGUGGCGCCAAAUAUAUGGGAUUGUUGGAUACGAGAACUGGAAGAGGAGCGUCGGGCGUCUCACCGGCUAGAAGCGUGCUGUCUCGCCGACACACUGCUGUCAUUCCAUCUGGUGAUGUGACUCCACCACAGGCUCCGCCCACUUCUGGCCCCGCCCACUCGACAUCAGAAUUGUUGCAUCUGGACACGACGACGACGUCUCCAGAAUCCGCACGUCAUCUGGAGUAUUCACCGAUGACGCCUUCUGGCACGGAGCACUCGGAAGUCAUGACGUCAUCUGAAUUUGGCGGCGUCGAGGAUUCAGAAGGCGUGACGGAUUCACGUCGUCAGAAUUAUCGAUAUCUGCAUUCGUAUGCGUUGAACAAUUUGAAUUUUCCGAAAAAGGACGCGAUUCUGAGACGGACGACGAUGAAUCAGAAUCCGAAUUCUCAGAAUCCUGGAAAAAGGAUUCAGAAAGCCACGACGACGACGUCAGGAUUCAGAAGGCCGUCGUCUUCUGAAGUUGCCAUCAGCUUUGUCACCCCGGAGCCAUCUUUGAAAAAUCAGGAUUACGGUAUCUACACGCCACCGCCGUCACGUCAGGAGAAUCAGAAGACAAAAUCCAGAAGACGUCGUGCUCCAGAAUCCAGAAUUCCGAGAAUUCAAAAAAUUCGAAAAAAUGAAUUGGAUGACGUGGAUCGAGUGAUUGAUUUGAUUCAAUGGCACGCGCCCAUUGCAAUGAUUCCAUUGGCUGUCGGAUGUUGGGUGACUGGUACAGUACCCUUGGUUGGAGCAACGUGGAGACUCAUUUUCGCAUAA